CGGAUCUCAAAGCAAAAUCAGCCAUGAGACUGUUCCUGCCUGUCCUGCUGGUCACUCUGGCCCUUGGCUGCCAGGAGGCAAAUGCAAAGGCCUGUCCAGCAGUUAUUUCUGAAAUGAUAAGCCAAAUCUUGGACUCUAAAAUCGUCUUCACAGUCAAGACUCUGAAAUUUCUUCCACCUGUGGAUGCUAUCGAGUCCAUGCUGAAAGUGAAGACAUGCAUUGAUAAGAUCUCCUAUGUCGACAGAGAAAUUAUUGCCCAUUUUCUGGUCAAAAUACAGAAUACAUGUAACAGUGGGUUUCCCACCAGCUCCCCUACCACUGUCUCUGUUGCUCAAUGAUGACCUGAUCUUCCUUGGAAAAUGUAGAGGUGUCAACGUCUUGCUUCAAUAAAUCACUUGACCUGCAUGUCUCCACGUGUCCUGUUUUAUCCUAGACUUCUUCCCCUUGCUUUGGGGUGAUUUCAUCUUAACUUGGUUUUCGAUGGUGUCAAUGUGGCAUUUUACAGACUCGACAAGCUGUGGCCGCGGCAUUGGAGGGCAGGGAUCACAGAGGGAACAUUGCUCAGGAACCCCUGUGUCACUCACAGGUCUCCCAGUGCCAUGGCCCUGAC